AUGGUCUGCUGGCUAUCUUCCCUCUUUCCUCUGCUCCCGCUGCUCGCCAAAGACGUCAUGAGCAACGACAGUCGCCUCCAGAAGGCGAUAGACACGUACAAGGCCUUGACGAGCGUACCGACGGUCGACUCGGCCGUUCUCCACAGAGACGCCGCGGGCACAUUGACGGUCCAUCUCGAGCUGAGCCAGCGGUCCCAUCUCUUGCUCAAACGUCACAAGCUAUCACAAGAUAUCGUGCAGCGACAGGGCCAGAUCAUCACGAGUAGACCAUGCCCGUCCGGCGAAGAUGUCGCGUUUCGUUCGAUGCAAUACUCGAAAGAUCAGCUGUAUCAGCUCUUCGGACGCAAGCAGGCCGCGGGCAGCAAGACCAAGACAACCAGAACGAUAGAGCUCAGGCGUGACUCGGACUGUCUCGGCGAGGUAGACACGACCAAGCUGCAUGGUGAUAUGUACGCGCCCGGCGGCGUACUCGGUACAGCAAGCUGGCACCUCAGCGACCGACAAGUCGCCUUUGUAUAUGUUGCCGAAAAGCCAGAGCUUACUUUCGAGCACGAGACGCUGCGAGAAGCUUCGUCGUAUGCCUACGAUCCUACUUUCGGCGAACAACACGAUGGCAAACGCCAUCCGCUGCUCUUUCUCGUGACCUACGACUUGCAAUCGCGCGAGUUGCUGUGCAGAGGGAUUCAUAUAGACGCUGCGCAGCAGAAUAGACAUUACGGCCAGUGGAUCUUCAAGUCUGACUCGGCCAGCGAUGCGCUCGAGCUCUAUGGAACAGGCUAUGACCGUUUGCCAGAUGGGCGUCAACUUGGACUCGUCUUUUGCACAAACCGACCAGCUGGCAUCUACCACCUCACGAUCGUCGCCAGUAGUCAGAGCUUGAAACCGACAAUGCUCAGUGAUCCUGCGAUGUCCUGUCGUAGUCCGCGCUAUCAUCCACAAGCGGGCCUCAUAUACCUAUCCAGCCGCCUCUUCGGACCCCAUAAUGGCUGCUGUCAGCUCUGGAAGCACGGACGAAACCAGCCACUCAUUGCUGAAUACUCGCAAGCUCCAGAGGCUGUCGAGCCGCCCAAGUUUGCUGGCGUAUGGACCGAACAGCUUCCUUUCGAGCCGUUCAUCACAUUAGACGGCAAGACGCACAUCAUGCUGACGACGAUAUCCCGCAGCCGCAAGAUUGUCGUCGCUAUCAAUACAGACGACGGUGCUGUCCGAUGCCCUUUCGCCGGCGGAAUGGAGAUGGGCAGCUGGACUGUCGUUUCAACCGAUGGCAAUCAGUUCGCGUUAUGCUCGGUUAGCAGCCCUACUGAGCUACCGAGAUUGUACCUCUACGACGGCGCGCAGACGGUGCCCUUGCAGGCCGCUCGUGCCACUGCGCAGUAUGGAUUCAGCGGCUUGCGUACAACGAUCAAGCCCUUCACAGAUCGUGAAGACUGCGAGGCCAUCAUCCUCCGCCCUCUUCGCAACGAUACCAAUCCCGCUAUUAUAGCACCUCACGGCGGUCCGCACGGCACGAUCACGACCGACUUCUUUGCACCCUUUGCCGCACUUGUCGAAGCUGGAUUCUCCAUCGUCGUGGUGAAUUAUCCGGGCUCGCUCGGCUUUGGUCAAAACAGCGUUGUCGACCUCACGAAAGAUCUGGGCGAACUGGACGUCAAUUCGGUCAUGACAGUCCAGCGCGAGCUCAUCAAAUCGGGCGUCAUUCCUGGCUCAAAGGGGACCCGGUUCCUCAUGGGCGGCUCUCAUGCCGGCUUCAUCAAUUGUCACAUCUCAGCACGCUAUGCAUCCGAGUUCGAUGCUGUCGUUUCAGACAAUCCGGUGACUGACUUGCCGAGCAUGUUCGCAAAUACUGAUAUACCGGAAUGGUGUAUUGGCGAGGUCGCUCUACCAUACAGUUUCACCGAGCAUCCCUAUUAUCUCGAUGACGACCUGCACAAGACCAUGCGCAAGGCUUCUCCGUCUGCUCAUCUGACGCGCACAACAAAGACGACGCCGACUCUGUUGCUCAUCGGCGAGAUAGACAGGCGCGUUCCGCAAGAUCAAGGACGGGCCUGGUACCAUGCACUCAAAGGGACGGGCAAUGAAGUCGAGAUGCUCGUCUUCCCCGAGAACUCCCACAUACUGAACCAUGCAGAAGCAGACCUCAUCAGCUUCCGCGCAACGACAGACUACUUCCUCAAGCGUGCUGUCUUUACCAAUGCAAUAUAG